UAGUGGGUCCAUAAAACAGAUAGGUAGUUACCCACCAAAAAGUAUUUAUCACUGAAUGCCCUCAGUGUUGAAAUAGAGGUUAGUUUCUCAAUAGGAAAUUAUUUAGGAAAUUAUUGAAUUACCUGUGAUCUGAGUGUUCACCUUUGACCUUUUCCUAUAUAGGUUUCCUCAUAUUCAGCUGCGUCUCCAGGAGGAAGUAGACAAAGUGGUUGACCGGAGCCAUCUGCCCAUCAUCGAGGACCAGUCCCAGUUGCCUUACGUGAUGGCCUUCAUCUACGAAAUGAUGCGUUUUACCAGCUUCGUGCCGCUCACCAUCCCCCACAGCACCAUCACCGACACCACCAUCAUGGGCUACACCAUCCCCAAGGACACAGUGAUCUUCAUCAACCAGUGGUCCAGCAACCACGACCCCACCAAGUGGACACACCCGGAGACCUUUGACCCUCUGCGCUUCCUGGAUCAGGACGGCUCACUGGACAAAGACCUGGCCAGCAGCGUGCUCAUCUUCUCCUUGGGAAAGCGGCGGUGCAUCGGAGAGGAACUGUCAAAGAUGCAGCUGUUCCUAUUUACAGCAUUGCUGGUGCACCAGGCCCACUUUAGUCCCGACCCGGACAAGCCGCCCACCAUUGACUACACCUACGGACUAACCCUGAAGCCCAAUAACUUCUCCAUAGCAGUCAGUCUACGGGACAGCAUGGAAGUCCUGGAGAAGGCUAGUAAAAAGCCCUCUAUGGGGGGACUCAGGAGGACACAGUCAACUCCAGAUCAGACUGAGAAUAGAGUCACUCAAUUAAGCUUGAAAGAAAAAAACACUGAAGAAGAUUAAUGAGCUGCAGUUUAUCCUCAUGUGCCAUCAGGUAUCAGCUACUAUAUAGUUAUUAUAAACUUAUUUAUGAUCUGAAUGUAACAGAUGUCACCAGGGACAUCUGCUGCCCUAAGCAAGACAAAAUUCUGCCGCCCCCUUGCUAUCCCUGCUAAACUAUGUACAGCAGUGGUCGGCAAUAGGUUAUGCAUUGGGCAAAAAAAAAUGUCUCACCUGAAAGUCGGAGGAACAGAACAUAAUAGCGGCCCAAUUCAUAGGGCUACACUACAAAUUAAAUAAAUGUUUUAACACAUCUAGUUAGUAGGCAAUAUAUUGAGUUCAAUGUCAUUAACAUAGCCUAAUAUGAUUUCAUUGAUACAAUCAC